AACAGUUUUCUUAGAUGUCUGAUUCUGCAGAAAAGACCGAAACUAAACCCUUUGAUUCAGAGUACUACAAGUGGAGUAAGCAAAUUAAUGAAUCGAAAAAGGAGUUAGAGAGACUCGGUGUCGAUAUUUCCCCCACGCGAAUUCAGGGGGAGGUUGCCGAACAGAUGCCCAGCCCCUCCACAGGAGUGACGAGUUCUGCUUGGAACAAGGCGGGAACAUGGGAGGAGAUGGAUCUUUCAAAAUGGGCUAUGAAGCGUAUUCCCGAGAUCUUGAAGGCUGCAGAAUUCGAGCAAAAAGGAUAUUCUAUUCGGAUUGCCGAUGUUGAAAAGUGCGAUGGUCAGGCUACCUAUGUGUUUGUCAAGGGAAAGAAGCGACCUGGUUUCGACAUCACCUUGAAGUUGAAGUGGUGCGCUACGUGCGACGAAAGUUCGGAGGAGGCGAAGGGAACGAUCACGAUUAAUGAUGUAUUUUUUCUUUUUUUGGGGGAAAGGGCUGAUGGGUAG